ACACCACCUACUUUUUCACGCGUUGCCCGCUAACGUGCGCCGGGUGGUGUCACGAACGCGCCUCGCUCACUCCUUCCGGCAGAAUAGCGCAUCACGUGACAGGUUUGGCCCCCGUGACAGCGACCGAACUACGCUGCUUAAACGACGCCGUCGCGGUGCGCCGCGGCCCCCGCCCGGCGUACUUUAGCCCGCACCGAUCCUUCUCACUGCCGGUUUCUGUCAACCCAGCCAGACCCCUCAUUAAAAUCUCAAACCGGAGAGAGAGAGAGGGAGAGGGAGAGAUAGAGAUAGAGAGAUUGGUGUAUUUCGAUUCCGUUCUAAUCUUUUGAUUGAAGAGAAAGCUUCGGAUCUUCGAAACUGAAUUGGGUUAACAAAGAUUGACCGACAGUGACACUGAGAUAGACUCGUUUUGCUUGUCGAUGGAUCGACCCUCGUAAUUCUCCUGCUUUUCUUCGACAUUGAUUCGGCUCUCUUCGUCUCUGUUAUCAGUUUAGCGAUUUUCGGGUGCAUUGAGCUUUAUUGUUCGUUUUCGUGAUCAUUUGCCUUCGUUUGGUUCUGUUGAACAAUAUUUUCUUGCUGUUCGGAGCUCGAGAUCUGUGGAUCUACGUUGUUGCACGCGGAUUUUCGUUUUCUUCUCGGGUGAUUUCGUUGUGAGAGUGCUGCAUUGAUGUUGGGUUGUUUAGAUUGAGGUUGCUUUUGAUGCGUAAUUUAUAAUUCUAGGAAUGCGCCAUUGGGUUGGGAGAUUGAGGUUGGGGGUUAUUGAUUUGGGGCUGCGUAUUUCUUUGUUUGAAAUGAAAUUGAGCUUGCUAGGUUUAUCAAGUUGAGGUUUUGUUAUAAUUUUGACAUGGAUGGCAAUUAACGUAUGCAAUUGAUUGUGGCCUUGGGGAUUUGGCGAAGGAGUGCAAUCAUUUUAACCUACUCGUACUCUUGACUAUUUUUCACUGUGAAAUUUUCAAUAGAUAAAGGUCGGGGAGGGGGGGGUGGGUGUGGAUUUUAUGUGAGCAAAUUCAUUUCACUAAUUUUGGCUCUGUAACGAGGAAUCAUGGACCUCUCUGGAUCUGUACCUUAUCAGCCUUAGUGCGCGCACACUGCACUCAUGCAGUAAAAUAGUGUGAAAGGAAAAUAGGGAAAAUGUGAAGAUGGGUGCUGGUUCUCUUGUUCAACCUGAUUCAUCCUGGUGACUGCUUCAAAUAGAAAAGGUUUGGAUUUGGUUGAGCUAAAUUAAUUGGCUCCAUGGGUGUAACAGGGAAAUGGAUCAAAGCUCUGGUUGGUUUAAAGAAACCAGAAAAGCCACAAUCUUCAAAUAAAGAUGAAAAUAGAACGUUAGUUGCUGGAAAGUUUCGACAUCGUAGGAAGCAUUCUGUGGAGAUUGAUGCUGAUAUACUUCAAAAUGAGUUUAAUCACAGUCCUGGUUCUCCAGUUGGAGAUGCCAAUAAACACUUGCUUCUGGAUGCAGCUGGCUCACCAUCUCGUUCACUUCAAGUGCAGGAUGAAGAUCGAGAUCAGCAAAAUGUGAGAGAAGAGUGGGCUGCCACAUACAUCCAAACAGCUUUUAGAGGAUUUCUGGCUAAAAGAGCUCUUCGAGCUUUGAAAGGAUUGGUAAGACUUCAAGCCCUUGUUAGAGGCCAUGCUGUGAGAAAGCAAGCUGCAAUAACCCUUCGUUGCAUGCAAGCUUUGGUGAGAGUUCAGGCUCGUGUCCGGGCUAGGCGUGUUCGUCUGGCAUUGGAAAGUCAAACAGCACCACAUAGAUUUCAGCAGCAACUUGCAAAUGAGGUUCGUGUUCGAGAGAUAGAGGAAGGGUGGUGUGACAGUGUGGGAUCUGUUGAAGAUAUUCAUGCAAAGUUACUAAAGAGGCAGGAAGCAGCAGCUAAGCGUGAGAGAGCCAUGGCAUAUGCUCUAGCUCAUCAGUGGCAAGCUAGCUCGAGGCAGCAGGCUGCUCCCUCUGGGUUUGAGCCAGAUAAAAGUAACUGGGGCUGGAACUGGUUGGAGAGAUGGAUGGCUGUUCGUCCUUGGGAAAAUCGCUUUCUUGAUAUUAAUCUGAGAGAUGGGGUGAUGAUUCGUGGAAAUGGAUCAGCAGAUGCAAAGAAUGGUUCCAGGACUCAGCUAAAAUCAACAGGCAAGAAACCCAUUUCUUCAAACCUUUCAAAUCAAAAAACUGGUUCAUCUCAUUCUGAUGGCGGUGGCUCACCUCUGACUAAGUCGGCAAGCAUGCUUGAUGCAUCUCCUGUGCUGCUUGCGAAGCCAAAACCUAAGCAAGUUCUUGAAGAUCUGGUUGAGGACACCAACUGUGGACCUGGUAUCACAUCAAGGUCCCAAAGCAAUCCAAAGGAGAGAACCACUAAACCAGACAAACUGGCAAAAAAGCGGUUAUCUCUGCCCGACAGCGGAGGAGGUGUUGGGGCAGGACAAACAGCCAGGCGCACCAGCAGAACUGUUAGAAGGACAUCCAGUGCACAGAAGCCCGCAAAGGAUAAACCAAAGCUUAAUGGAAGAGAGGACCCAAACUCGGCAACAUCCAUGGAUCAGGCCAUUGAUAUGUAGCUUCAAAGGCCUAUGUAAGAUGUCCAAGUCUAUUCAAGUGUUCUGCUCAUUUGGUUUGUAUAUACAGAAUCCUGUCUUGCCCGUGCAAUUACAUAUCCAGUUCACGCCUUGGCAGCAUUGGAGCCAGGGGGAGAUCUUGCUGCUAGUCACCAAAAUAAUGUAGCAGAUUUGAUCUGGUUUAUUGUAAUCAUUAGUUAUUGUCAUUAAUUAUGUGUGCUCAUUCAGUAUUUCUUUGCCGUCAAGGCGGAUAAAUUUCAUAGUUGUUGCCCUGCAUAUUCUCAUUGGCGAGUUUGUUUAUUUAAUUUUUCGGCUGUCUUGAUGUAAUCUCAAAUGUACCUGUAUGAUUUCAAUUCUGCUGCUUUGUGCUACUUGCAGUUGUAAGCAAAGGCCCAUGUUUUUCCCUCUGAUAUAUAGUAAUCAGAUGUCAAUCCUACUGUCAGAUGUCAGAUGACAGGUUUUAAUUGAGUUGAAUUAUCCAAA